CCUUGCAGAACUUGCCAGGAGUUUCUGCACUUACAUACCUCAUCUGCUUUCUUAAAAUCUAUUCAUUGCCUUUUUUUUUAAUGUCCUCUUUCUGUCAGGACUCUAUUAAGUGGCUUCCCAAGUCUCCUAAACUGUACAGUGGCCAUCACUGGAGCUCCCAGGGCUCUCGCUGGGCCUCAUUGAAAGGGAAGGAAGGUUUUCCUGGUGGUAACCUGCACAAAUUCAGCUCUGCUAAUGGAAAAUGGAGAGAAGGAAGGAUCAGUCCCGAGCAAGAAGCAGAGGAACUCGAGGAUCCUGAUGAUGAACCCGUUUCCAAGUUUUCCGGCAGCCUUUUUGAUAGCAAGGAAAGCCUGCGAGAUCAAAGAAAUACCAGAGCGACGCUUCAAGAAAAGCACAAGCUGGCCAUGAAAGGGAAGGCUCCUCCAGGAUCUACCAGCUCUUCCAGGGUGCAGCCACCCGUGUCAGCAGCAGGCAGCUUCCCCAGCCAGAGCGGCCGGGCCGCCGAGGAGCUGCGGGUGCUGGAUGUGCCGCAGCCCCCGCUGAAGGUAACCAUUACUGUGUGCAGUCAAAUGGGGAGCCUUGGUAUUAGCAUUGCUGGUGGAAAGGGCUCAUCUUCUUGUAAAGAAAGCGAAGAGGGGAUCCUGAUUGCACGGCUGCCAAAAGAUGGUCCACCAGACUUGGCUGGUGUACAAGCAGGAGACAGAGUGGCUGAGGCAACCUUUGUUUCAGAGCCUGCUGUCCUUAAUGCUGGUCCUACUGAAGCUUCCCCCAAGGGCAGCCCCUCCCCAGCAGUCAACCAUGUCAUAACAAUACCUCGGAUAAUCCUCACGCGCCCAUCCACUUCUGACGAAGAUGCCGACCAGUUGCCCCCCGACCCUGAGGACUUUGAGCCCGAGGAGCCUGACAGCACAGAAGGCCAUGUCUAUUCAGACUGUCUGAGCAGUGCUUUCUAUCCUCCCUAAUAAAGAAAGUACUUUUCUGGCA